ACAGCAGAACCUCCGCGCGUAAAGUGGUCCGAACAUGGAGCGGUGGGUCGGGUUCGCCGUGGUGUGCGUCGGAGCGUCUCUGCUCAUCUCCUGCCGUCCUGUCCAAGCUUGGUACAAGCAGUCCACCGGGCCCACGUACUACUCGGUGGGACGAGCCUCCGGGCUGCUGUCCGGGAUCAGACGGUCUCCGUCGGUCCGCAGGUCCGAGUCCGAGCCGGAGCCGCUGUUCGAGAGCGGAGACCGGACCGGGAACAACGUGCUGCCCGACAGCCAGCGGCAGAUCUCUAUCCUGAAGAGCAUGGCCAUCUGCGUAAGGACAAUCUCCCCGAACCUGAAGAGCUGCGAGCUGUUGCGGGACGGAACCGGAACUUUCCAGUGCAAAGCGGACGUCUUCCUCACUCUGGACUCUCUGGACUGUCUGUCCGCGUGA